CGUCAACGCCAUCUGUAGUAAAACUUUUACCAUUACAUUACAUUCUUAUAAACGCUAUUGUUAAACUUGUUGGAUUUAACUUUUCUUAUUUUGACUGUUUUUUUUUUAUUUACCCUUUUUUUGGUGACCCUUUUUACGUUGGAAACAAUUGAUUUGAUAUUUCCACUAAUUGUGCUAAUGAGUUAAUUAAGGAUAUCUAUAUGUGAGCCAAUAAUUAUGCUGUCAAUACGUAACGCUACUCUGUGAAAAAGAGGCAUACAUUCCGUCCGCUUGUUUUCUUAUUAUUUUGCCCUAAGUUACUUCAGUCAUUUGUUUUCUCUUUCUUUUUUUGCUUCUUUCUUCAUCUUCAUCUUCACCACCAUCGUUAUCAUCAUUCUCUACUUUUAAUUUGGUCUUCUCAGACUGGGCUCUAUUAUUUUUAUGACGGAUGUAAAUAACAUGAUCAACCAAUUUUAAACGGUCAUCCGAUUCCUUCAGAGUGUCCGGGCCUUUGUGUUUCUUCUCAUCUUCUUUAUUUUGUAUUUUUAUUGUGUACCUGCCAUGUAAUCUUAUGAAAAAGUUUAUUUUCCUAUUCAGUGGCCUAUCUUUGUCUCUUCUGAGCAAAAUUUGAGCCCAGUGAUUCAGCGAUGUGUAUUAUACUCUUAAGACAAUUCCAUUUCGUGAUUUUGAUGAUGAUGAGCUGUAUGUUGCAUUUAGUUCCAUGUUCAACCAACAUUACUACCAACGUAAAUGAUAACCACAUUGAAGCAACAUUAUAUCACACUGACGGAAUUCCUGAAGGGCAAAACGAAAGUGAAAAAAAUAUUCCAGACAUAGUCACAUCCAUAAGUCAACCAAAUAAAUUGCCAAACAGGCAAGUUUGCCCACCGAUUCCUAGUAUUCCUCAUGCUGUACCUAAUGUUCAAAAUCCAAAUAUCUCUGUCGUUGCUGGCACAACGGUAACUUAUUCCUGUGAUAAUGGUUAUUAUCGAAGUCACGGAUCCUACGAGAUCAAAUGUAUUACUUAUCCAUCCAUUUUACCAUUUAUUACAAGAACUAAAUGGGAAAAUUCAACUCUGGUCUGUCAAAUAAUCACAUGCACUGAUCCAGGCUUUGUUGAGAAUGCUGUUAGAAUUGCCGUUGGUUUUAAUUAUGCUUCCAACAUUAGCUAUAGCUGUAAUCCAGGCUAUGUUAUGUCUGGUGCGCCGUUCCUCCAUUGUACCCAAAACGGUGUCUGGAAUAGACAACUGCCUAGAUGUGAUCCUGUUUCAUGUCCAAAACUGGAGAAUCCUCAAAUCGGAUCUAUCGUGUAUAGUGAUAGUAAACGUUCUUACAAAUCCACCGCAACUAUUUCGUGUCCACCCAAAUAUCAUGUAGAAAAAAGCGUUUCUUUAUCAUGUGAAUCUAAUGGCAAAUGGAAGGGCAGUUUGUCUAGAUGUGUUGAAAAUUUCUGCCUCAACUAUGCGACUUCGCGUUCCGGUGUUUUAACUCUACCCAGGAAAAGUCAGUAUUCUAUCGGAGCUACUGUACUUGCAACAUGUCACGAUAAAAACAGAACAACUAUACGUUGUAAAGAAGAUGGCUCUUGGGAGUUGAAUGGUUUCAAAUGUUCUGAUCCCGGUAAAAAAUUUUGCUCUGUAAUAACACCACUUGAGAACGGUCGACAUAAUGGAUCUUCCAAGAUCACUGGUUAUUCUGAUGGGGUUGUCAUAGCUUUUUACUGCAAUCCUAAUUAUUAUCGCGAUGGCCCACCUUGGAUUCGUUGUCGUCAUGGGAGCUGGACUUCGAAUAAACCUAGAUGUGUCUUACACGAAUAUGGCUCUCUUUCACGGUCACCAUCAUCAUCAUCAAAUCAGCUCACUGUUUUAGGAACUGUAUUGUUUGUUAUUUUAUUUUUCAUACUCAUAGUUUUAUCCAUCAUUUUACAUCGUCUCCGUCAAAGACAUCUUGAGAAACAGUAUUGGAAAAGAUAUUUUGGUAAUCAUACAUAUCGACAAAGUAGAACCAAUAUAACUGCUACCUGUAAUCAAGAGAUGAGAUUUUUCUGCCAAUCAAGAAGUACAGUUCCUGUAACAGAUCUAUGAGAGGUUUAUAUUUUUUUCUUGAAAACUGACCAAAAAUAUGAAAAAACCAAAAACACCGACUGUUGAACAUAUUAUACAUAAAUUUUUUAUCUUUCCACUGUGUUUUUAUUGUCUAUAUUUGGUAAAUUCUUGUUUUUCACUUUAUAAAAUUUUGUGAAUACGAAUCAUAGCUCAGUUCAUUCACAACUCAUCAAGUAUUUUGUUUUACCGAUUGUAUUUAUCUAUCUAAAUUGAAUCUAAAAGAUUGGUAAACUAUGUAAAAAAGUAAUAAAGUCACUUUGCUUAAA